AUGUUUCAAAUCGCCUCGUCCCUACGGCCGAGCACCAUUAUUAAGGAAUCCUAUGUGGGGCUGGACCUCACAACCAAGGUAUUGGGUAUUCUGGCCCUGAUCCUGCCGUUGAAGGCAAUCGGAAGUUUUUUGUGGAAGUGUACAGUGAAACGCUUCAAAUGGGGGGAUGACAGUGAGGACCUCGAAGAGGGGCAUCUAUCCGAUAAGGAUAGAAUUAAGAUGCUCGAGGAUGAAAAGCAAGAUACGGACAUCAUAGGCGCAUGGUGGAGUUAG